AUGCCAUCUGCACAAUCUAUGGUGAAAGCAGAGCGCGAAAAGAAGCUGAAAGCAAUUCUUUCUUUCGCUUCAGUGCUCAUCCAAAGACUAGAGGCUGGUACCGAUACGACAAUUGCGGAUGACAUUCAAGCUCAAAUUCACCUCCUCCCAUUCCCUGCAUCUCCAAUAGUACUUGCAAAGCAAGAAGAACUCGACACGCUCGGUACGGAGCUUUGGAACCUGACUACACGACUGGGGCGCGACGAAGCAGGCACAAACAAGCCACCUAGUGAUGCGGCCGCUCGCAAGAGCCGUGCGUUGCCUUUUCUGCGCGCCUUUGCGUUCUUGCUUCUCGACUCCGCAGGUGGCCAAGGCAACAAAGGCGGUCAGUGCAAGAACUGCAUCCGUCUUAUCAAGGUUGCACUGAAAGCAGCGAGAGUUUGCAUCCGAGACAAUGAACUUGGCAUUGCGACUAAAGUGCUUGAACGCGCUGCAGACUAUCAGCAUGUGCUUAGCCAAGAAGGCGAAGACAAUCGCAGGGAGGAGCGCGAGCUCGCAGAUGGCCUGAGUGCUCAAUAUUUUGCGGUACGAACGACCUUGGCAUGGCGCCAAGAUCGCAUGGACACAGCGGAGCACAUGUUCACCAAAUGCAAGCAACUCCUAACAGCACCCACGCCUGCAACAUCCGAGGUACUUGCAGAUUUACUGUAUGAGAUUGGAAAAGGUGCUUUAGCAAAGCGUGAUUAUAGCCUGGCUUCUCGGUGGCUGGAACGCGCACACGAUAUCCUCGAAGGCCAAGACUUGGGAAUGCUUAGUCUGGAAGUGGGAGAGCUGAGGCUUUGCAUCAUGCAAGGCAUUGCUCAGGCAUACAUGAAGACAAGGACACCCGAGACACAAGACAAGGCUUGGCAGAUGGUGAAGCUGAUGGAGACUGAUUUCGGAGACAAGAUGGUAGUCUCACUACUGAAGCUUGAACUGUUAUCCGAGGCUGAAACGAUUGAUACUACUGAGUUCUAUAAUGUUCUUUUGCGGAUGAUUCGUACGAUUGUUUUAAACGAGACAAACUUCAAGACGAUCAUGCACCACAUACACAAACUAAAGGACCACAACAAUGCUAUGGCAAUGAAAGCACUCGAAGGCCUUAUGAAUAUACGGCUAUUCCGAGAAGAAAAUCCGCAGUGGAUCGAAAAAGCCAUCAUCACACGAAUAUGGUUCGGCAGCACCAAUUUCUCAGAGAAUGCACUUGAGCAACUACAAGAAUACUUGGACAAUGUCUCACAGAAUUUUCCAGCGGCACUGUCUGCUCCCGCUACUCAUGCUGCACAGACUCUUCUUUGGAAGACUGUGGAAGCCGCAACGACUCAGGAGCAAUACAAGAGUGCUGAGACCUGGUGUCGCCUUUGUCUACAUCCAUUAUUCGACAAAGCUGGGUCGCAGAACAAAGCCAAGGUUUCGAGGAAGAUUGUUCAGUGUGCCUUGGCCCAACUGGACUUUGAUGCUGCUCGAAGCGCACAUGCUCAGAUGACUGAAAGUAGCAGGGAUGAACCAGUCACACGAUAUCUGAUGUACAAGGUAGGGUUGCAAAGCGGAGACACGGAUUUCGCCACUGAAUGUUUGGAUCACAUCUGUCGCAGCUCCGUAAAGGAUGCGACCCUUCUCUAUGCUUGUGUUAUGGAAGCCCAAAGCGCUGGAAAUAAGAGGCAAGCUAUUAAUGCUCUCAGAAAAGUCCUCGAAAAAUACGAACAUGGUGCACCAGCAGGCAUUCACCUGCCCGCAUUGCUACGAUCAACUGCACGUAUGCUACAGUCUGAACUCGUCAAGGAUGGUAAUAUAGAUACCGUCAUCUUAGAUCAGCUUUGCGCGGUGUUUGAAGGAGCUUGUAACCAAGCCAAGGCAUCUCGGACCAGACCAAGCACUCCCGCCAAAGAGCUGUUUACAGCGGUAGAGUUCGAAUGGUUUUCUAAGAAUGCUUACAACCUAUCGCUCAAGUAUUGUGUCGAAAUUCCACCCAACUUUCUCAUUAGGCUUCUUCGUUGCUGUACAGAGUUCAUCAAGCUACUGAAAGAAAAAGAACAUCCCAAAGAAAAAGAUGACAUCUGCCUUCGGUUGGUAUUCUGCGAGUUUCUCGCUGCGUGUACCUGUACUACUCUAGCACGUGCAGAAGACAACAUUGAACAGAAUGCCCAACACUACCUUGAGGCGCGCAAUCACAGCCAGAACUUCCGACGCGCCGCAUCGGAGGUGAUUGACGUGCUCGGUGGAUCUGCUCAAGCCGACAUGAUUGCAAAGCACUUUCAGAUUGUCAAGUUGGAGCUUGAAGCUGUGCUCAAGCUUCGGAAAUGGGACGAACUAGAUGAGCUUUUUGGCCAAUGCUGGAAGUAUAAGAGCCCCGACCAUUAUGAAACGUUGGCCGACCUGGUUUUGGUAAUCCAUGGCUGUAUCGUACAAGCGGAACUGGACACGAAGUACCAAAAGAAAGUCUUAUCUGUUCUCGAGAAAAUUGUUAGCUUGGUGAGCAGGCAGCCGGGCAGCGACGUGCCGAAGCUGUCGCGAUGGCUACGCUGUCUUUUCAGCCUCUCACUCCCAUUCGACGACGAUUUCAGCCUCAAAUGCAUUGACCAGGUGACACUCAUCGCAGCGAAGCAGAGCGAAACCGAACGCUAUCCCAAGACGGAGCUGGAGUGGCUGGCGACGACGGCGUUUAAUCGCGCAGUCGACUACUACGUGCAGGAGAACGACGAAAAGGCCAAGAAAUGGGCUGGAAAAGCAUUUAACGUUGCACAGUGGAUUGAGGACAAGGGAGCAACGAGAGACUUCCUCAUGUCAAGGUUUUCGACGUUGAAAUUCAACGAGUAG